AUGCAAUCGUUGUUGGUCUUUGGAGGCAAUGGGUUUCUAGGCAAGAGGAUAUGUCAAGAGGCGAUUAGACAAGGAUUGAAGGUAACAUCAAUAAGUCGAUCAGGACAACCACCGAGUAGCUCCAAUGCUGGUGAUUUAAAAUGGAUAGAGAAGGUCAAUUGGAAAUCAGCCGACAUUUUUGAACCCGAAAGUUAUGCCAGUAGUUUGCGUGAAGCUGACCAUGUUGUUCACUCUAUGGGUAUCCUGUUAGAGAACGAAAACUAUAAGAAACUAUUGAACGGCGGAAGCUUUGAGCUAAAAUUUGGAGCUAACCCGCUUGAGAAGACCGACUCAGGAAAUUUUACAUAUGAGAGAAUGAAUAAAGAGAGUGUUCUUAUACUUGCAAAGGCUUUUGAUACAGUAAAGAAAGCCAACCCAAGGACGUCGUUAAGUUAUAUAUCUGCAGAUAAUUGGAAUCCUAUAAUAACAGAUGGAUAUAUAAAUUCUAAACGUGAGGCAGAGAGAGAAUUACUAAAAUUCAAGUCAUUUAGGACAAUUGUUGCUAGACCUGGAUUCAUGUAUGAUGAAAAUAGGAAUGCAAGUGAUAAGCGACAUCUAGUUCAAUCCACGCUAGAUUUCUUCAAUUGGACAAAUAAAACUUUAUUAGGCAACUCAAUAAGAUGUGUGAAUAAUAUGAUAAGACCAACAAUAUCAGCUCAACAGGUGAGUAGGGCUUUGGUUGCCAAGAUAAAUGAUCCAUCAUUUAGCGGCAUAUUAUACUUGGAAGACCUUUUAAAGAAUUAG